AUGAAUACCACCCUUCCAUCCUGGAAGGAUCGGACGCAAAACCAGUUCGGCAAGCUCCAGAUUCAAGUUCCAUGGCGCUCCAUACAACUUCUCGUGCCGCACCGUAUGCGACGAAAGAUUCGGUCGAAGCUGCGCAGUCGGAUCUCGCCUACCUCUUCGAUAUCCUCGUUGCAGACAUCGUUCUCGCCUGCAGAUACACUCAGAUCGUUGCAAAGUCAUCGAUGGACACUCUAUGACUUCCAGUAUCUUUUGCUGCUGAUUGUCGGCAUAUUCUCCCUGAGCGUUAUGGAAUCACCUGGACCACUGGCAAAGACCGCUGCAUUUACGCUACUCCUCAUCUCUCUCCUUCUCCCGAUUACGCGCCAAUUCUUCUUGCCAUUCCUUCCGAUUGCCGGAUGGCUUAUAUUUUUCUACGCUUGCCAGUUCAUCCCUAGCGACUGGCGCCCUGCAAUCUGGGUUCGCGUGCUGCCAGCUCUGGAAAACAUUCUUUACGGUGCCAACAUCAGCAACAUCCUUUCCGCUCACCAAAACGUGGUGCUUGACGUUUUGGCGUGGCUUCCCUACGGAAUCUGCCAUUAUGGCGCGCCCUUUGUGUGCUCAGCGAUCAUGUUCAUCUUCGGUCCUCCCGGCACCGUCCCCCUUUUCGCUCGAACUUUUGGAUACAUCAGCAUGGCUGCAGUCACCAUUCAGCUGUUUUUCCCCUGCUCUCCUCCGUGGUACGAAAAUCUGUAUGGCUUGGCUCCGGCUGAUUACUCCAUGCCGGGUAAUCCUGCGGGCCUUGCUCGUAUCGAUGAGCUUUUUGGGAUAGACUUGUACACCUCGGGCUUCAGACAAUCUCCCGUCGUUUUCGGCGCAUUCCCUUCUCUACAUGCCGCCGAUUCGACUCUUGCAGCUCUGUUCAUGAGCCAAGUCUUCCCACGGUUGAAGCCCUUGUUCGUCAUCUAUACCCUCUGGAUGUGGUGGGCUACAAUGUAUCUCUCGCACCACUACGCUGUCGAUCUGGUUGGUGGUGGCCUCUUGGCAACUGUUGCAUUCUACUUUGCCAAAACGCGGUUCAUGCCUCGCGUCCAGAAUGAUAAGAUGUUCCGCUGGGACUACGAUUAUGUUGAGUACGGCGAUUCCGCACUCGACUAUGGGUACGGUUCAGCCGGCUUCGAAGGAGAGUUCAACCUCGAUAGCGAUGAGUGGACCGUUGGUUCUUCGUCAUCCAUCUCGUCCGGCUCCCUCAGCCCAGUUGACGACCACUACUCUUGGGAGGGCGAGACUCUUACCUCUCCUGCUACCGACAUCGAGUCUGGAAGGCAUUUCUGA